ACAUGAAGUGCGACGAUGACGACGGCUCUGAUGAAUGGACGGUGAUGAGGAACACGAGCAAAAAAAACAUGACUCGAUGUGGAGACGAUUGGGGACGAUCAAAGAACUCAUUCUGUGUCAUCAAUAACAUCUACCCAUUUGACAGUGGAGUUUACUGGUGCGAGUCCAGCUCUGCAUCCAGCAGCAGCAGCAGCAGCAGCAGCAUCAACAUCAGUGUCUCUGGUGGAUCAGUGAUCCUGCAGAGUCCUGUCCUCCCUGUGAUGGAGGGACAUGAUGUCACUCUGCACUGUCAAACAAAGAGCCCUCCCUCCAAGCUCCCAGCUGAUUUCUAUAAAGAUGGCUCCCUCAUCAGGACUGAGCCUACAGGUCACAUGACCAUCCACCGUGUCACCAAGUCUGAUGAAGGAGCCUAUAAAUGCAGCAUCCAGGCUGGUGGAGAGUCUGCGUCCAGCUGGAUGCUGGUCUCAGAGGGACGCUCCACCACCACUGUUCCUCCUCCUCCUCCUCCUCUUCCUCCUCCUCCUCCUCCCUCUUCGUGUCCUCUCUGCGUCUGGUGGCCUUUAAAGUCCCUGUUUGUUCUGGUUCCGAUGCUGAUGUUAGUGAUUUUCCUGGUGAGACCGAGCGGUUCAGAAGAAUCUAAAGAUGAAACGCAUGUUUCUGAAUUGAAGUCUUCACCGUAACAUUUAGUUUCUCCUCAUCUUCCAAAUAUUAAACUAAUAACCUACAUUCUGUUGUUCUGGCUCUAAAUGACUGGAUGAUAAUCAUCAUUACAAUCAUCAAUAACCAUCAUUACACUGUGAGGACGUCUGGGCUCAAACACAGAUCAUAGCAGCAAACAGACGCUUUGUUACCUGAUGCCUCUGAGCUGUUCCUUGAUUAAACGUCACCUGUUUAAACCUCUGGUCUCUGGUAACGUGUCCUCUGAGUU